AUGUUCAAAUCCCUUCUUGUCCUCUCGAGCCUCGUUAUUCACGCCGCGGCUGGCGCUAUCAUGAUGCGCCAGGACAGCAACAGCAACAGCACCGAUCCUCCCGCUCCGGUUGACACCGGUACGAGUCCUCCUUCUCAGCCGAUUCCGAUCACCAAGUGGGGCCAGUGUACGCCGCCCUGCCAAACUGCACAGCAUGCCAUCGAGCUGCUUGACGCGCACUGCCCGGAUGGGGUGACUGAAUGUAAUGUCUGCAAUUCAGUCACUGAUAUUUCGAAGGAAGUCAACAUUAACGCUGUGAAAGACUGUAACGCAUGCCUCCAGAAGGAGGGGCCUAGUGUGCUGGGAGAGGAAACUCUGAAGGAGGCCUCUGGCUGGGACAAAUCGAUGAUUGCACGAUGCCCUUACGACGAGUGCAGCAGCAAGUGCAACGAAGAAGUGACCAACAUGGCGACACAGUGCAGGGGCAUCUACUACGAGUCGUGCCAACUCAAGUGCAACAUCAAGGGAGACGAGUGCCAUAAGUGCCUCAGCUCGAGCUCGGCCACGAACAACCAAGAGUAUCUGCCCAAGUUCGAUGCAGGCCUCAAGAUGCAGCACUUUUGGUGCAGCAACUCUUGCGGCCAGAUGGGUCUCGACUGGAGGGCUGUUGCUAAGCCCUGUUGGGGUGGUAGCGACACGUGUAAAGAGGCUGCCUGCACUGCCGAAGGAAACAGCAAACGCGAGGCGUUCAGCAAGUGCUUCUCGUCAGACAACGAUGUCGGCGGACUCCCCUCCCUGACGAGGGAGAAUAUCCAAAUCGACAUCGACACAAUCAACUCACUCUGCAAGGAUACCGUCACAGCUCCAAAGUGCGACAGCGAGUGCAGUGGCAUUCUCGCCGAAGUAUUGGCUCUGUGCACCGGCAACGACACGUCUAAAUGCACCAGCAUGUGUGCGGACGACAAACUCAAGGCGCUCGAGACAUGCAACUCGUGUAUCCAGGAUGGCUCAAAGUCAUACCCGGACAGUGAGAAGAAGGACUAUCAGGAGAAACUCAACGAACUCAAGACAUGGUGCAGUAAUAACAAGAGCAAUCCCAACCCUCCCAAGCCGCCUGCCAUUCCAAACCCGAACCCAACCCCGCCCAGCAAUAACAACAAUAAUAACAAUUCGAAUGGUGGAGGCUCCAGCCGUGGCACAACAGCCACUCGGACAGGCGCCGGAAGCGCAAGCACGAGCACCUCGUCCAAGAGCGGUGCAGUGGUCACCAUUUUCUCAUGGUCAGACGUCGCCGGUGGACUUGCGGUUGCCAUGCUUUUGUCGUUCACCUAA